UUUUUUUUGCUCUUUAUCAUUUUUAAGUCAAUAUGUUGUCUUUUCAAAGAAAGCUAUCAUCAGCACUUUACAGCUACCCCGUCCUUGCUCAAGAGAUAAGGCACAGCUGCUGAGCGAGGAGAAAAACCCUCCAUAAAAGAGGACCUUCCACAGUGGAAUGAACAUUGGCCGAGGCGACAACCUUACAAAGAAACGUCACCGAAUCAGCUGUUUUGCAAAGCUGUAUUGCUUUCUCUCCUAGCCAUGGAAGAAGGGGAGGAGGAGGAGGAAACUACACCUCCCAGCAUCCCUCUGCAAGGCCUUGUACUGCGGAACAAAUCAUCCGGACGUUAGUAGGAAUUACGGAUUCCGGGAUAGUUGCAUGUUCGGCUUCUAGGAAGUUACCUAAGGAGUUUCGGUUUAGUUUUAGGAAGAGAGGAUCUGAACCUCAUCCUUGUCUCCUUUCACACGACGGACGGACGGACGGAACAACGUGCAUGAUUAACUUUUUGCGGAAAGACUCCCCUGAAGAAGAAAAAGAAGUCUUAUGUCAGAAAGGCAGAUGACUCUUCAGCCCCCCAAUGUAGAAAAUAUCUCAGCCAGCCUUCAACAGGAUGAGGCCGAAGAAAGAAAAGAGGAUUCUUUGGCAGAAAAACUGUCAGAUUCCGAUGGACUCCCAUUCGGAACAGAGGAUAGUGACGCUACGGGGUGCAUUGUAAGACUUCCAUCUGAUUCUGCUGAUUUACCUGAUAGUUGUGUAGAUACAAAUUUGUUGAAUUCUUUACAUGAAAAGACAGAAUGUUCCACCCAUGCUGACCUCCUAGAUUCUCAGAAAGAGGAAACAUCUUUAACAGAGACUGUCCCAGAAGAUAAAAUCAAUUCACAGGGCCAGCACUCUCCAAAAUAUACUGAAGAAACAAAAGAAGGUGGUUUGGAUCAGGAAAGUGAAAUAGUUCAAAAUCUUGAAGACACAGAGAAGACAUACCCAGUUACAGAUGUACAACAUACGACAUCCAAACUAGUGCCUGAAAUCUAUUCUCGGAAGACAAGUGAAUACUUUACAUCAGAAGUAAAUCAACAGAACGCCGUGAAAAAGCUGGUAAUAAAUAAUUCUCAGUCUCAUCAAGAUAAUGGCUUUCUCCGCCGUGGAGUUUUUCUAGCCAUAAUGGUGGCGUUGAUCGCGAUUUUCGCAAGUUGCUGUUGUUACUAUCCUUCACACGCUCCAAGUAUGCCGAAAAACCCAGUGGUGGAGCUCUUCCUAUCCAAGUUCAAUCCGCUGAAGGACGUCUUCCCAGGUCAGAGUCCUCACCUGUGGGGACGAGUACGGAAAAUAUUGCAGAAGCACCUUAACGCAUCCUACCACACUGAACCAGCUAUCUUAAUCUUUACUGCUGCCCAGGAAGCGAAAUCAACUCUCAAGUGCCUGAGCACCCAGGUUGCCCGCGCCUAUUCAUCAUCCCUGGGAGGCCGCACAGUCCACGUAGAUGGAAUUUCUAAAUCUACUCUAAGCAAUGAUCUUGCAAAGCUAGCAGUUGACGAGGAGUUGAGCGUUGGUUUCCACGGAGGAGGGAAGGCAGCAGUAAUACACCAGUUUGAAUCCCUGCCUGCAAGCUCCACCUUAAUCUUCUACAAGUACUGUGACCACGAGAAUGCCGCUUUCAAAGACGUGGCGCUGAUUUUGACAGUUUUGCUGGAGAAUGAGAAGUUGGAUCCUACCAUUGGUCUACAAAUUGUGGAGGAAAAUGUGCGGGAUUUCCUCUGGACUAAAUUCACAAACUCUGAUUCAACCAGUUCUUACGACCUUAUGGAUACCGAUAAGCUAAGUGGGCUCUGGAGCCGCAUAUCUCACUUAGUCGUUCCUGUAUGUCCUGUGCCAUUUAUAGAAGAUAAUGGCUGCUUUCAACAAGUGGCAAAUAAAGAAGACUUCACUUUUAAAAAUUAAAAAGAGGAAUCCGCUUUCUUUCUGCAGUUUUCUGAAAGAUUUGCACAAAUCAAGAUUUUUUUUUUGUUUGCCUGAUAAGGACUAGAGGUAUUAAAAGGAAACAAACUUAAUUUUAAAUAAAUCAUGCAUUGUGGUGUUCGUUUUGAUUACGGCUUUCAUAACAAACCAGAAAAGGAAAUUACUGAACUGGUUUUAUUGUUGAGUUGGCUUUUGCAAUGUACUUUAAUGCAAUAUUUUUAAAGAUGGAUAACUAGUGUAGUUAAAGAUGGAUAUGAGAACUCUAGUAACUAGUGAUCAUGUAAACCCUAGUAACUAAUUAGUGAUUAUGUGAACUUCUCAUAAACAAACACUACACAGUUCAGCAUAUUUGCACAGGAUCUCAUAUUCAGCCAACUUACUGAAAAUUAGAUGCUGAUAUUAAAGCUAAUUGCAAAAUAAACUACGUAAUUUUCUGAAUUUAUGUAGUUAAUAUAUUGAAUUUCUUUAAAGUUUUUUAAUACAAACUCCACGAAUUGAGUUGUCAGAUAAGCAAAAUGUACUGUAUUUGUGCAUCUAAGGCAUAUUUUCUAAAUGGUAAUUCUAAAAAUAGCUUUUACUAUAUAAUGUGAUACACUACACUCUGUAUAAAGGAGCUGUUAUAUAUUGCAUCUCUUCUCAAUUUUGGUGAUUUUUAAUAUAUGAUACAAACUGCAAUUCCUUCCAAAGGUACAAUAUAAAUAUCCUAUUGGGAACAGAA